CCUUAUCCAGACCAGAUGGACAGAAGCUCAAACAACCAGAACAUUUCUGGGGAUUCACUCCAAGCUCAUUUUACAGAAAAAGGGGGAAAGGGCUUUGUGUCCCCCAUCCGAAGGCUGGUGUUCCCAAAGGCUGCGCGCCAGGCUGCCUUCAGGAGCAAUGUUGGUCGCAGGCCCCUGCAUUCUAUGCCUCUUUAUCCUCCCGACUACCUCAUCGACCCUCACAUUCUGCUGUGUGACUACCUGGAGAAAGAGGUCAAGUUCCUGGGCCACCUCACCUGGGUGACUUCCUCACUGAACUCCUCCAGCAGAGAUGAGCUCCUGCAGCUGCUAGACACCGCCAGGCAGCUGAAGGAGUUGCCUCUGAAGACCACGCCGGAGCAGGACAGCAUCCUGAGCCUGUCCGCCCGCUGCCUGCUGCUCACCUGGCGGGACAACGAGGAGCUCAUCCUGCGCAUCCCCACGCACGAGAUCGCCGCUGCCUCCUACUUGCAGGACGACGCGCUGCACCUGCUAGUGCUUAAGACUGGUCUGGGCGUGGACCCGGUGCCUGCUGGCGUGGACGCCAGCCCCGGGGGUUCGGGGCGCGAUUCGGGCCCCCCGGGCGCCACGCCCGAAAAGCGGCGGGUGGGCACGGCGGAGCGGCGCCACACCAUCUGCAGCCUGGACUGGCGCAUGGCGUGGGGAGGGGGCGCCGGCGCCGAGGCCCGGGCGGCGGGCGGUGGUGGCAGCCUGGAGCGGCAGCGCGCCGGAGCUCGGGCAUCAGGCAGCUGGGAGCGGCGACAGACGUUCAGCGGCAGCUGGGAGCGGCGGCACGCGGGCGGCGGCACGGGCAAGCCGGGUGGCAGCUGGGAGCGGCGGCAGGCUGGUGGCGGCGUAGGCGGCAGCUGGGAGCGACGCCACCCAGGCCCCAACCCGCUGGAUCCCCAAAACCCGAGCCCCGAUGCCUACUGCAACCUGGUCAUCCUUGCUGUGGCCAACAGGGAUGCUGCUGAGGAGUCCUGUGCACUCAUCUGUCAAGUCUUCCAGAUCAUCUAUGGGGACCAGAGCAUCGAGUGUGUAGACCGGGCCGGCUACCACUACAGACCUACGCCUAAGCGGCCAUGGCUCUCCAGCUGCAGUGAAAGCUGUCGCACAGAUGGGACGUUUGCCUACGACGCUGACUUGAGCUGCUGCAGCUCCUUCAAUGGCUCCCAGGACACAUUUGAAGCAUGUUACAGUGGCGCAUCCACACCGUCUUUCCACGGCUCCCACUGCAGCAGUACCGACCACAGCAGCUGGGCCUUCGAGCAGCUGCAGGAUUACAUGGUCACGCUGCGGAGUAAGCUGGGUCCCCCUGAGAUCCAGCAGUUUGCAAUUCUGCUCCGAGACUAUCGCCUGGGGCUGCCUAUCCAGGACUUCUGUGCAGGGCUGCAGAAACUCUACGGAGACCGACGGAAGUUCCUUCUCAUUGGGAUGCGGCCCUUUAUUCCAGACCAGGACAUUGGCUACUUCGAGAGCUUCCUAGAGAGUGUGGGCAUCCGCGAGGGUGGCAUCCUCACCGACAGCUUCGGCCGCAUCAAGCGCAGCAUGAGCUCCACAUCAGCCUCUGCCGUGCGCAGCUACGACGGGGCAGCCCAGCGGCCCGAGGCACAGACCUUCCACCAGCUGCUGGCGGACAUUACACACGAUAUUGAGGCUCUGGCCCCCGACGACGACGAUGUCUACGAGGAUGUCUCCCCAAGCGGGGGCGACCAGGGUGAAGACAACUACCUGUAGCCCUGCUGCCCGCCUCAGCUCUUGCACACUUGCUUGUGGGACACCCUCCUGCGAGUGCCUAGAUAUCCUGGAUUCCCAUCUGUGCCUUCUAGGCUUCUGUUCCCGCAGAUGGAUUUCCAGGGCUUAAAUUUCUGCAAUACUGAGAAAGUCCUGCAGGUGGCUUUGCUCUAGGGAGAGCCAGACCCUAGAGUUCUCUGCAGGAUGAAGAAUCGCUCCACCUACUGGCCGACAGAAAAGAUUUCCAAUUCAAGCCCUUGCUCUCUGCACGCCGUGGUCAACCUCAAACCAGGACCAUUUCCAGAGCCCAGAGACAUCUCUUCGAUUUUACAAGCCGAGAAACUGAGAAGCUUUUUGUUGUUGUAGUCUGGGUUUUUUUUUUACUUUUCUUUUUAAGGAAUGGAUAUGAGGGAAUGCCCCUGUUCUCGGAUAUCGCUAUCCAUUUCCAUAUCUAUACAAUAAUUUCCAUUUCACUCUCCUCACAGGUGGUCAUGGGGAUGAAUGGAGGUCAAGACCUCAACGUUAGGUCAAGACCUUAGCCUAGCAUGCAGAGGCCCAACAAAUGUUGUUUCCUUCCACUUGGAAUGUUUUCUGACUCAGUUUCUCUAUCCCUCCUGGGAGCAGUGGGUGGGAUGAGCUAUCACAAAGACUGAAGGAGUUUCUAGCUUGAAGACAAAGCAGGACUGGCCUUCGCAGUGGUCUCAUAGCCUGGCCCUGUGCCCAAGUCCCAAACACACACUCAGGACUCUGCAGACGCUUGCCCUGGAGCUGGGCAAGACAAAGAACUGUGCAAGCAGGCUCUGCUGUGAGCUAUGGAGGUUAAGACAAGGCCAGCCCUUGACACAUCCUGAAUGAGGACAGGGAGCCUUGAGAGGGGGCCAGAUACUUCAAGAAGAGAUGAAAAUAUGUCUGCAAAACCUCGCAAAGCCUUCCAUGGCCAAAUUCAAAUCAUGUGCUCCCUGGGACUGUGCUCCAGAUUCCCUCUGGGUUUGUGGCCAGUUCAUGCAAGGCUCUCUUGAUAUUCUGCUCCAUCCCUUCCCAUCCACAUUCUUCUCCACACCACAAGCCCCAUCCCUACAGUCAAAACUCAUCCCUGUCCAUAAAACGCACAAUGCUGUGCCAGGAAGAUUUCACCGUGAGCAAAGCCCCUACCGCAAAAGUAUGAUGACCUGAGUUCAGAUCUCUAGCACCCAUAUAAAAAGCCAGUGUGGCCCCCUAUGUCUUUAACUCUAGCUGGGGUUGUGGGUGCAGAGAGUAGCCACUAAUCAGUAUGUAUGGGUGAGAGACCCUCAGCCCAGGAAGAUGGCUUAACUUAUAAAGCACUUUCUGCAUAAACAUGGCUACUUGAAUUCCAGGCACAGAACCCAUAUAAAAGUAGAAGAAGGAAACCACCCACUCAGAGCUAUCUUCUGACCACACAUGCGCACGGUGGCGUCCUCACCACCGCCCUGCACAGACACAUGCACAGACACUAAUAAUAAUAAUUUUUGGUUAAAAAAAGACCCUU